UUCUUGUCCCUUCUGUCUUUCCGUACCUUACAAAAGCGAAUGUAAGCACGGUGACUGCUAACUAACUAGCUCCCCUGUUGACAUUGAGGCAGAUUGUCGCGAUUUGCUUCUUUAUUGGAAUAAAUAUCAGAGGGUUACCGUCAUCAUCAUGUUGACAGGAAAACGCCUGGCGGACAUCGGAUACCGUGCUUUUUCUGCCUCCAUGAUGCUGCUGACAGUGUAUGGCGGCUACCUGUGUUCGAUGCGAGCGUACCGCUACGUGCAGAAACAGAAACACCUGAAAGUGGCUGCAGAGAACCAGGAUGCUGAAAUCAUCAAGGACUGACAUCGCACAGACUGCUCUGUUCAGCGUACAUGUGGACAUCUCCUACUCCUCUUUCUUGAGCACAUUACUAAAAAUGGCUGUUCUCUUUUGGAGUUUGGGACUCUAAGGUCGCUUCACAAACCCAAGAGGGUUUUUAAAAAUGUUUCAUCGAGCUAAUUAUUAGGACCAUUUAUUUUGUCCUAUUGUUUUGCAUUUAAAUGAAGUGACUCCGUUUCAGUAAAAAUGGCUGCAGUUGUUUGUACUUUAUUGUUAAAUAGUUUUGGUCACAGUGUAAUGUUUUUUUUUGUUUUUUUUACUGAGUGGCAAAAUCCUGUUUUAAAAACAUUUAUUUUAAAAUACAUCUGUACAGGCACUCAAGUGGGAACACAGUAAACAGUGGUCCUCAACCCUGGAUUGUUUUAAGUGACACAUUUCCUACAAAUGUGGCCUCAGAAAAAUAGUAAAAAAACAGUAAAACAGCUUAAAAAAACCAACAAUAAAUUUAAGCAGUGAAUCCACAAUGAACUGGAGAAAAAAGAUGGGCCAACAGUUUUCCUGUCACAGAGCAGCUGUUCCUUUAAAGCUGAUAAACCAAAGCUACAAGAAAA